ACAGUCAACUCUUGGCAUUGCACUAGCUAUACUUACAUCCUCAUCCCAACCUGGAUUCUUCACAGCUUUAAGCUCGUCGCAUCCACAUUUAAAUCAUUCGAAUCAUCGAUUCAUUAUAUCUGAUAAUGGCUGCUCCUCGUUCAACUUCGCUCCGCGCUCUUCGUCUGCUUUCCCAGCAGCAUACCUUCUCUCCCGCCUACCGCCGGGGUCUACACAUCACUGGCGCUCACUCUGCUCAGCCUGCCAAUGUCUCAGAUAAAGCGACCUUAUACUCGACUCGCAGUCUGGCGGACCUCAAGAGCGAGUGCCAAAAGCGCUCUUUGAGAGCCACCGGUACUCAUGCAGAGCUGGUCGAGCGUCUUUCCAACCAUGAUUUCCUUCAGUCCCGUGCAUUCAGUAUUGCUAUGAGGAGAAUUAACAGCAGCUCAAAGCCAGAUACCCCCAGCCGCACAUUCAACACCUCCCGCUCCCUCAAAGCCGUCAAUGACUCAUCUACCGUUGACUUCGCCUACAUGCCCUCGAUUGACGAAAGCAAUAAUUCCUCAUGGGAUGCCCCCGUUCCGAUCCUUCCCGAGACGUACACCCACCAUGAGCCAGCUGCCCCAUCGAGCGCCCCGAUGAAGCCGCAGGUUUACACCGUUUCUGGCGACGGGAUCGACGUCUCCGCUAGCCCCAUGUCCGAGGUUGUUGACAACGACUCCAUGGAGAUCGAUCCGUUCUCCCUAACCGAAGCCGUCGGGAAAUCGAGAUAUGCAGCCCAACUCAAGAGCCAACAAGAACAGAGUGGAGCCAAGUCCAUUGCCUCGGAACUCUGGAACGGGCUCCUGGACGACCUUUUAGGUCCUAAACAGCAGAGGCAGAGUCCUAUGCGAAAGUGAUUUCUAUGCUAUUGUUUGCUUUGGCGCUGCACGAAUGUUCCCUUGAAUGUAGUUAAUCUCUUCAUGAAGUCCUGACCGACUCUACUACCUUAUCCGAAAAUGUCGAGUUCUUCCGCGACCUUACUACUUACAUAUUUUUGCCUCGGCUGCUUUCAUUGUUCUGUUGAUAUGAUUGUCCUUGACACUAAAUCGAGUCACAAAACAGCAGAUCAGUACAUGA